CAAUGAGCUGUCUGUCUGGCUGCACCGAGGGGGUGAGCGUCUGCCGAGGCCCAAUCAGCGGCUCAGUGCUGCCUACCGGUGCCGGGGACUGGUGGUGAGGAGCCGCUGCAGCGCAUCAGGACCGGACCGUGAACCCGGAGACGGUACACACUGAGGCGAAGGAGACACAGGAUGGAGCGGAUGUCUGAGGAGGCGCUGAGGCUCAACCUGCUAAAGAGAGGCCUGGAGUCACCCAGCGAGAGGGAAGAGACACUGGCCAAACGGUUAAAAAUGGAGGGUCAUGAGGCCAUGGAGCGCCUCAAAAUGCUGGCACUGCUUAAACGCAAGGACCUUGCUGACCUAGCAGCCCUAGAGGUUGCAGGGAACCUGGGGGAUGGGAAGGGCCCUAGUGGCAGCACCCUCCACCAUCAGAGUCUAAUGGGUGCUGCUUAUGAGGAGAAGCUGAAUGGGAGUUUGAGGCUCGGCGGUCACAGCAGCCAUGUGGGACCAAGUAAGAAUGGCAAGGAGAACAUCCUGGACGAGCCGGUGGACAUGAGCGCUGGGAGAAGAUGUGAUGCUGACCAUGAUAGAAGAACUCCAUCUCCAGAUGUCAUCAUACUGUCAGACAAUGAGGCUUCUAGUCCCAGAACAACACCUCGGCCUGAGGAGCGGGUGCACCAGGCCAACUUGGACAUGUUCAAGGGGAAGACAGGAGUGGAGAGGCAGCAGAUGAUCAAAGCUCUGAAAGAAGAGUUGCGUCUGGAGGAGGCUCGCCUUGUGCUGCUUAAGAAGCUCAGGCAGAGUCAGAUGCAGAAAGAGAAUGUGGUGCAAAAGGUCCCAGUGGUCCAGAAUGCUGUGUCGUCUGUGCAGCCUCCACCCAUCCACAGCUCUCCUGGCCUAGGGAAGCUCCCUGUGAGGCCAGGCUUACACAACCCUGAGCCCCAGAACCUCCGCACCGCACAGGGUCAUACAGUCAUCCGUUCAGCAGCCAAUGCAAACCUGCCGCCCAUGCUGAUGUCCCAGCGAGUUAUAGCCCCCAACCCUGCCCAGCUGCAGGGCCAGAGGAUCUCCUCCAAAGCUGGGAUGUCUCGCUCCAGCACCUUGGCCAAUACUGUUGGCUACCAGCAGGCCAGCCAACAGGUGGCAGCAUCCCAGCGCUCAGGCUCCAGUGCCAUGUAUAUGAACCUGGCCCACAUGCAGGCGGCGGCGGCAGCAGGCGGGGUGGCAGGCAGUCUAGGUGGAACUUCAGCCGUCAGCCCGUCCACCAUGUCCGGUUCGGCCAGCGGAGGCGUAGGCUCCAUGGCUGACCAGGCCAGCAGCCAGGCAGCAGCCAAGCUAGCCCUGAGGAAGCAGCUAGAAAAAACCUUGCUGGAAAUCCCUCCCCCCAAACCCCCAGCUCCACUCCUCCACUUUCUGCCUUCCGCUGCCAACAGUGAGUUCAUCUACAUGGUGGGCCUGGAGGAGGUCGUGCAGAGUGUGCUGGACAGUCAGGGUAAACUCAGAGGGACACUGGCCCGUAUGGAGCCUUUCUUCUGCGCCCAAUGCCGAACUGACUUCACCCCCCACUGGAAGCAAGAGAAAAGUGGGCGAAUCCUCUGUGAGCAGUGCAUGACAUCCAAUCAAAAGAAGGCUCUGAAGGCAGAGCAUACCAACAGGCUGAAGAACGCCUUUGUGAAGGCCCUGCAGCAGGAGCAGGAGAUUGAACAGAGGCUGCAGCAGCAGGCAGCCCUCUCUCCCAGCUCGGCCUCUACCGGCCCCAACGCCUCCAAGACUGACAACAUGAUCCGACAUCAUGCACUCCGCCAGGCUCCCCAGCCCCAGGCCUCCUUGCAGCGAGGUCUGUCCAACUCUGCACGAGGCGUCCUUUCCAACUUCGCCCAGGCCUCCCAGCUAUCAGUGGCCAGCAGCCUCAUGGGAAUGACUAGUGCCAAGCACUGUGGCAGCGGUGGAGGCAGCAGCAGUAGCAGCAAUAGACUGCAGCAUGACAGCCGUCGUCAGAUUUACAACAUCCCAGGGUUAAAUAUUGCCUAUCUGAACCCAGCAGCAGUUGGAGCCCAUAAGAGCUCCAGCUUAGCAGACCGGCAGAGAGAGUACCUGUUGGACAUGAUCCCACCUCGAUCCAUAUCGCAGUCCAUUACUGGACAGAAAUGAGUCCUGCCCAUCCCUUAAGGCCCUCUGAAGCCUCCUCCCAUCUGCCUACCUACCCCAUGCUGAAGCACUCCCAGAUCAACCAGUAUCCCCAUCCUACCCACCCCCAUCGCAUGCAGUGCCUGUCCGUGUGCCUACCUUAAACCAACCCAUGAAAACCCACCAAGUUGGACUAAGACACUUAUCUGUCAGUGCAUCUCAAAUGUUCUUAUUAUAGUAAAAGCCUUCUUUGUCAGCGUUGUUAAACAAUUAUAAUUCCCUUUAUUAUUGCUGGUGGUAGCACUAUUAUACAUGCAACUACCAUUUUUGCUUCAGUUACUAUUAUUCAUUAUGCUUUUUUCUGUUGUAAGUGUUUGGUUCUUUUUUUUUUUUUGAUUCUCUACUGCCUACCCUUUAAUUUGGGUAGUGACAGUAAAUCAUUGUAGGGUCACUUUAGGCCACAAUCAUAUAGGAUUUUUUUCUCCACUUAACUCUAAAGCUUAGAUGUGACUAUUGAUAGUACCAAGAUCAACAGGGUGCAUUCUGGUUGCUAUGCAACAUAAAGUUUAACAGCUUCGAAGCUUUGUAAAAAAAUGUUAGCUCGCUAAAUUGGAAGGAACAAAGUGGAAAUACUGAUAGGAACAAAAACAGACAAUACCAAGCUCUGCCUGCUCUUGAAAAGAGGAUAAAGAGCCCAUUCUAAAAAUGGAAAUGUAAGACAGGGUGUGAUAUUGAGAGCAGAGCGCCCAUGGUUGUAUCUCUCUUCGUACGGACCUGGUUCUGACCCACAGGCAAAAUUCUGGCAUAUUCAACCUGGAGUUCAGGGUAGCACCUCCAAAUUUUGAGGAGACACCCUGCCACCAGCAGAGCUACGUAACUGGAAAUAACUGACCAAAGGUGCAGAGAUGUACAAAAGAGAAUCCUAUGUGAUCAAAGCUUGGAAAUCCUUUUCUUUUGCUCGCCACCAUUCCUCAUAAAAAGGUUCUCAUCAGUUUCUUCAUUUCAAAUGUCAGCUUCUCCUGUUAUACAGACCUGAACAGUUACCAGGCAGGUGCACGUGGGACAUACUGUAGUUACCAAUCAGGACUGACUGACUGACACAGCAACGUCCCAACUGCCCCUUAGGCAGACCAGCAGCUGAUACAGACUCCAGCAAGAGGAAGCUGACGGACCAGACCAGAGGAUGUUGUCUGCAAACCUACCCAGUAUUCAGGGGGAUGAUGGUCUCCAUUCAGAGAGAAGCCAGUUGAUUUUCCCUCCUGGUUCCAUAUUGUCUCACUACCUGCCAAUAACCCCCCCAUGCUCCCCCUCAAUACAUAUGAUUAUUCAGUAUGCACAGACUGAACCCUUUUUACCCAGCAGCUCCUCUUUGCAUCACGCGUUCUUUGAGAGAAUGAAUAGAACUCAAAUCUGAAGGUGGAAGCACAUUUUGCGCAUCCAUCCCCACAGAUUCUGUACCUAGAAUCCUACAAGUCUGGGUUCCUGUUCUUUUUACAUUUGGGUGUUUAGGUUGUUUUCCGAAUGUUGUGCCACCCCCACGCCCACACCCUCACCCACCCCCAAUGCCAUCCCCUAUCCCUACCCCUCCCUUAUUUUUUUUUCCUGCUUUGUUUUUUUUUUUUUUUUGCGGCGUCUCCUAAUUAAAUGGUGGCACACCUGAGAGGUGUUAGCCCCUGGAGACGAUAAUAAUCAACAUAAAACAGAAACUAUCGAAAUAUCUGUAUGGAUUGUGUAUAGAUACCUAGCUUCAGAGAAAAAAAAAAGGAUGUGGAUUUUAUCUUUUAUGAGAGAGACAUGGAUCAAUCAUUGUGUGCAUCCUCUGCACACAAGUUGCCUCACUCCAGAGGAGCACUUUGCAUAUUUCCAAUUGGAAAAUUUUUUUUAAAACAAAGAGGAAAAGAAUGUUAGAAUUCCAAGUGACCAAGGUCUGGAUGCUGACUGUUGGCCAGCCAGAGAGUCAGAUGAGAUGUCCUGAAUAUUGUGGAUUGCAUCAAGGAGUGUUUUUAAUUUCUGAUGAAUGGUUUAAGCCUAAUUUACUUUGCCAGUCUUGAUCUUUGUAAAUGUUGGACUUUGAAGCGUCACCUUCUAAAUCGUGCCAGAUAUGAUGAGGUUCAACCCAGCCUUGUCUGGCCAGUAUUGAAAUCCUAGCAAUGACUUAAAUUUCAGUCAUCAAUUUGAUAGUUUUUCUCCUUUUAAAUGCAGUGUUACCAAAGCAGUCCCACCUCACAUUUCUAAGCUCUGAUGUAGAAGUCUGCUUGGACCCAGUCUUUUACUAUCAUAGUGUCACUCAGACCCAAGCUGGGUGCCAUGUCAGGCCUCAGACACUAGUCACUGAACACAGCCAUGAAAACCGUCCUCUGAGGUAAUGAGGGUUUCACCACUCCUUCCUUGAAGGGAAAAGUAUGGCAGCAGUAUUUCACCAUGAGUCAUGAGACAAAGCAGUUUCUCGGAUCUGUGGUUUACGUGCAGAAUGUGAGUUAGGAAUGUCUUGGUGAGUCCUCCUCUGCACAUUUCUCAAUAGAUGCAUCUGUUGUUCAACGACACUCUUCAGUGGCCUCAGUCCAUUGUCUUAAUGCAAGGAAAAAAAUCCACAUUUUUACCUCUUUUUCAGCGUGCUGCUGCAUUUUCACAUUUUCAGUUGCAUUUACAGAUUGUCAUGAUGUUUGCACGAGGUACAAGCAGGACACAGGUUCACUUCAGUGACUGCAUUUCUCUUCUUUGCUAGACAUUCUUCAUACUGUGUGACAGAAUCAUGGAGCAACACAGAGAAAGCUGAGUUUACCAGUGGAACUUUUGUUGCUUAAGUUAAGUAGCACAGAGAUUCACCUGAUAGGACACUGCAGCAACACAAACCAGCAAGUCUUUUCUUCAGGCUGGGGUUUACAUUAGUCCAUGUGGGUUUUUAUCAGAUACUAGCUAGGUUCAAGACUAGCAAGGAACCAGCCUUCACAACAGCUGUCUGUUGAUGUUGUGCAGACAGUUGGCAGGAUUAAUGGAAAGAAGAAAGAGACCAGCCUCUAAAGAAUUUGAAUCCAUGGGUUUUAUUAAGUGUAUUAUGCGGUAUUUCCAACAGUGUUCAGUCAAUGUGCAAUAUUAUUCAUGGAACAUGGGUACUUCCUACAGAAGGAUUCAGAGGCCAUGAAGUCAGUUUUGGUUUGAAUGGGAGAGCCGGACAGUUCAGACAGAGAGCUCUGAGCUGACCAAUAUUUCUCAGUUCCAUGAGUCUGGUAACGAAGAAGGAAAAACCUCAGUUUAAACAAAAGUCUCACAGUCUCAAUUGUCACCACUUAACCUUUAAAAUCUUAAGACUGAUUUGGUCACCAAGCAGACUGUUGUAGUAACUUCCAGACAGGUGUGCAAGUAUUGAUAGGGAACACCCAAACUGAAGUGCAGUGACAGAACGUGGCACAGGUUCAUCAUUGACAUGAGACCAGCACUGCUGCAGAUGUGACCCAGCACGCCUUCUGGCAGUCAUCCUGGAUGUCUUCAGUUUAUGGGCAGCAACAUCUGAGUUUCUGACAAAAUGCUGAUCUCUGUUUCUGUGCGGUUAAUGUAUGUUUAUCAGCUAUUUAUCAUCUGUCUGCUUGAAUUACACUUUAUUCAUUCUUUAGCUUUGAAUCUUGUGCGUUUUCAUUUUGUGCAGACGUCCUUUGUUUUAAAGUCUCACUUUGUUCCGUGCUUUGGUUUAUGACUAAACACCUGCAAAACAAGUGAUGACCUCACUAAAUUCAGCUGGCUUUGUCUUUUUGUAUUAGUUAUCAGAUUUUAGCUUGCUAAUGCACAUAACUGCUCCUCUUUCUGUAUUGUCAUUGUUGGCAUGGUACUACCUUGACACUGGCAUAUAGCUCAAAGCACUGUCCAAGUCCAGGUAAAGACACACAGCUGUAGUGUGACUGUAGACUUUUGCCUGCAAGUGAUGAAAAAUGUACAAUGAUGCUGAAAUUGAAGAUAAGCAAAUGUAACGGUUAAAAACCAUUUCUAAAAUUACACUGCUUAAAAAAAUAGAACUCCUAAAAGGUUUCAAGUUCUCUCUACAAAUAAGACGGGAAACUAAAGCACUUAAUAGGGACGAGUGUGUCUGUGUGGACCUCACCAGCCAUCUCCUCGAAUCUGAACAUAACUGAUGGCUUUACACUAAUAGAAGCAAGCGGUAGUACGGUUUAACAGCUUGAUUGCAUAAACCCACACAUCUAGUUAGCUAAACUAGCUAACAAAGACCCCUCUUAGGUUCACCUCUGUUCCACUUAGUUUCAUUGAUCACUCGACUCUCACACUGCCCAAAAGCAUCUCAUGUAAAAAAAACAAACAAACAAAAUAAAGCCUUAAAGCUUGUAGUUAAAGGCUUUCUCUGUGUAUAGGACACAGUCUGAACAUCAGGCUUUUUCCAUCUUUCAGCUCCAACACUGGUCCACAAACAUCACACGGCCUUACCAGUCAGACACACACUCACACGCGUGGAGUUUUUGUUUUGUCUAUUAGCUCUAUAAUCUGACAUCUUUUACAGUCAGUCAUAACAGAGGCCAGAAUACACCAGGAUCCAGUCAUACUUAUCUAAACCUCCAACAGCUGAGGUGAAGUCGUCUCCUGAGCUUCGUUACAGCUCUGGACAUUUUCAUUUGACUCUUAGUAAAAGCCUGUCUUGUAAAAAUCCAAAAUAUUUUUCUGUCAUGUCAAGUUUAUUUCCCAGACUUUUCCUGCUAUAUAUGCAGUCUCUCAUGAGGCAGUUUGCUGCAGUAACAAUGUUGUACGCGUGGAUUCUUCUCAUAGUUGUAUGUAGGGCUCAAUCUCUCUUAUUAUUAAUGAAGUGACAAAAUAUGGAAGCAAGUAACGAUGAAAACACAUUCUACUAUAAUGCAAGUUGCUGUAGUUAGAUAUAUUUUACCAUUACACCCAAAUAGAAUUUUCAGGGUUCAGGAAAUCAUAAAGAAACUAAUAAUAUUUUAUCAGCAACACAGAUUUUGGGCACAUGAAUAAUAAUAAUAAUUAGUUAUUAUUACUGUGGUGAAGGAUUUUAUGCUUCAAAGUCUGAAGUAUGAAAUCCACCCAGAUCUCUGACUAAAGGUUGACAAACGUGGAACACAUACUAAGACGUGAUACUGGAGCUUUAUUUUGUCAUGUUCUAAACAAAAUGUUUGUCACCUCUACAGAUUACUAGCAAAGUGUACAAACUCAGUAUUUUAACAACCAUGUGAUAGCCUUUUUUGGAGAAGCACUCCAUUUUUCUUGCUAAUUCAGUAGCAGAAAACUUGAUCGUUUUUUUCCUAAAUACAAAUGAAUAAAUCAGUAUGGCAAAUGUGUUGUUUAGGCCAGGCUACCACAGCUAGCUUCAGGUUCACUUCUUCUGUGAGCUCCUCAUCUUAAGAGAAGGCCACUUAGAACAGUGAAGUUACUUCAGUAAUAUAUGAAAAUCUCACUUCUACUAUAAUGUUAUUAAACUGAUCUAAGUCACAGCAGAAUAAUAUCUGUAAGAGCCUUUAUGAACUAACAGUUGGCUCUGAUAGAGUCCAGAAUGGAGCGUCACAUGGUUGAGAUUGUGGUUGGACUGCACAGCUUUUGUAAUUGUAUUUAUGUGUAAUCUGUGUCACUGUUAGACUUGUUCUGCAUCAUUACAGUUUCACUGUCUACAGGCCACAGUGGUUGCUUUUGUUGUUGUUUUUUUCAGCCAGACUGUCAGAUGAAUGAGUUGUGGUUGUGUUUGAGUAAUCCAGACCUGCCUGUCACUAUGUCAGAAUGAACCGACAAUAAACGGCCAGCUGAAGUAGAAGACAUAAACUAAGACUAUGAAGCUACCUAGAAUUAGUUUCAGAGGUGUAAACUGAAGUUUACAUGUACAAACUACAGAUUUUUGCGUUAUUAUAUUAAAAAGUCUCAUUUUUCUCAUUGGUGGAACAUUUGAAAUUGUACGUAGUAAUACGGUUUCACAAUUUUUUUAAUGCCUGGGCAAAUUCUGACUGCCACUCAUGAUCUGAUUUCGCAAUGUUUGUCAUGUAUCUCUACUUUUGCUGCCAAGGUGAAAUUUAAAUUUAAAAAAAGAAAAACAACUCCUGUCUCUCUUACUUUUUGCAGAUGCAUCCACACACCUUUGUAUUUGGACUACAGAUUCUUUUCAAAUAUUAAUUCUUAGAUUUCAAAAGUCAUUCUUAUUCUGAUGUCCCAUUUGAGUUCUGUUUUGUUUCUAUUGCAGUUUAAAAAACUAAAUAAAUGUAUUGACUAUGAAAUAAAUGACACGAUAUUUGCUAGGUUUGAAGUAAUAAUGACUUAUUGUACAUAAGCAUUUUUUUCCUCCCUUGUACUGAAAAAAGAAAUUAAAUGGUUGUACAUUGUGUAGAAAAGCAAACAAAAAGCCAUGAAUAUUGUGAAGCUUGUCAUUUCGUUUUGUGAUCACUGUGUAUUAUUGUGUAACAAAUGUGCAAAAUGUUUGGGAUUCCUUUUUACCCCCCUCCUCUGCUUCUUAAAGCAGUCUCGCUGGAUGCAUUGGCUUUAAUUUUGGACUAGUUAAAGUUUGCAGAGAAGUGAUCACUGGUUCAGAGCGAUCGAUUCUGCAGUCUGAAACACAUUUGUCUACUGUUGAAUUAUUGAAACUUGAAAUAACUUUGUUCCUUACAAAAUUGUUUCCUAAACAAGUUCUAGAUUAAAGCACUUUGAAUGUUUGGAUUAGAUGAACCCUCCCUAACUAAUGGAUUGAUUCAGAGUCAAACUGACGUCUUGGAGUGUUUGCUGCAAAUCAUUACUGCCGACCACUUUAUGUCCACAUAUUCAAGCAACCGUUGACUUUCUACGACCACUGAAAGGUUACUUUUCUGCGUCGUACAUGCUAAAUUGAUUGUGUUGUAAGAUACAAUAACAACUCCUUCCCAAAUCAAUGGUUUCUAGAGUUCCAGUGUUAAUAAUCAACACACACACUGGGGACAGAUUCCCAAACAGAAAAAUCUAACAAAGACACUGAUUCUGGAAAGUCAUCUGGUGGCACUGAAAGGAUGGAAAUUGAUGCCUAUAACAUCAAAAAAAAAAAUCAUUGACUUGAUGAAUGGACGGUAAUAAAUGGCCAGUAAUCGUGAUUGGUGAUUAAUGGUUUAAAAACACAAAAUCAUUGAUAGAAUCCAAACUAAAGUUUCAAGAGGAUUUUAGCUUUCUGGCAUUGUUUACAUGCUGUUUCUAUUUUUGUUUUCUUUCCCUUCCUCACUAAGAAAUAGGUAAUUCUAGGGGCAACACUAUUGAUUUUUUUUGGCAUAAAAUAGUCUACUGAAUAUAAUCAUGUAUGUCAGACUUCGCCAAUAAGCUCUCACAGUAGGUGUUUUGUGGCCCGACCUGCUUCACUGAAUCAGUGAUCACUUUUUCUGCCAACACCAGCAUACAACAUGUAUGGUCCUGUACUGUUUGGCUUUAUAUUCUAUUAGUUGUUGUUGCUAAUGCAGGGAAAGAUUUAAGUGCAAAAUCAGUUAUAUCAAUUUUCUUGUAGAAGCAUUUUGCAUAGUGUUGACAACAUUGAAAUAAACAUCCUGGGAAUCAAAAACAAAUGAUGAUGCUGACCAGAGACUAUUUGAAGUCAUUUUAGUUUUGCUUACAUCAAUCCUGACCUUUUGCACAUACUUGAUAUUUAAUGGUCUUCAAAAAAGUAGAAGAAAAUAAUGCUGUUUGAAUACUGCCAGUUGAUUGACAAUUAUGCAUUGAUUGAAAAAAUAAGCUAAUUUUGGAGGAAAUAACUUUGUAAUAUUUAUCUCUUGCAAGCUAUGUUUAAUAAAGGUUGAAACAAU